AUGUCUUCGAGGGGCGGAGCGCAGGUGCGCACCGCUGCGUCCACUUGGCAAAGAGCCUGGGAGACGCCUGUGGCAAAAGUAACUGUCAAAUGCAAGGUUCCUUUAAUAGGAGCGAUCAGUCCGGCUCCGAGAGUCAUGGCGACUACAGCAACCAGUCAUUACAGUAUCCUCACCUCCAGCCCAUCUAUUGUACACUCGGAGCCUGGGAGCAUGCAGCAAGCCACGGUUUACAGGGACGCGCAAACCCUGUUGCAGAGUGACUACUCGCUGCAGAGCAACAGUCACCCGCUCAGCCACGCGCACCAGUGGAUAACAGCGUUGUCACACGGAGAAGGAGCCCCGUGGUCGUCCAAUCCCCUCAGUGAACAGGACAUCAAGCCAGCGACACAGAACACCCGGGACGAGAUGCACAAUUCGGGUAAUUUGCAGCAUCAGUCGCGACCACCCCACCUGGUACACCAGACGCACAGUAACCAUCACGAUUCAAGGGCAUGGAGAACGACGACGGCAGCUCACAUUCCCAGCAUGGCAACAUCAAACGGACAGAGCCUUAUUUACUCGCAACCCGGGUUCAGUGUGAACGGUCUCAUUCCAGGCAGCGGACAGGGCAUCCACCACCACAGCAUGCGCGACGCGCACGAGGACCACCACAGCCCGCAUCUCAGCGACCACGGCCAUCCACCGUCCCAACACCAGCACCAGUCGCUCCAGAGUCAUCACGAUCACUCGGACGAGGAUACGCCGACCUCCGAUGACUUGGAACAGUUUGCAAAACAGUUCAAACAGAGGAGGAUCAAGCUGGGUUUCACGCAAGCGGACGUCGGACUAGCUUUGGGAACGCUGUAUGGAAAUGUGUUUUCGCAGACCACGAUAUGCAGGUUUGAGGCCCUGCAGCUCAGCUUCAAAAACAUGUGCAAGCUCAAGCCUUUGUUGAACAAGUGGUUGGAGGAGGCAGACUCCACAUCUGGCAGCCCCACCAGCUUGGACAAGAUAGCCGCGCAAGGGAGGAAAAGGAAAAAGAGGACUUCCAUUGAGGUAAGCGUCAAAGGGGCUUUGGAGAGCCAUUUCCUUAAGUGCCCAAAGCCAGCCGCGUCGGAAAUUACUUCACUCGCGGACAGUCUCCAGUUGGAAAAGGAGGUAGUGAGGGUUUGGUUUUGUAACAGAAGACAGAAAGAGAAACGGAUGACUCCUCCCGGCGGACCUCUACCGGGUACCGAGGACGUAUACGGAGACACACCACCGCAUCACGGGGUUCAGACGCCAGUUCAAUGAGAAACAAAAUAAGGACCUAUCUUUAUUGACUGCCUCAGUCUUAAUUUAUACUUUCACAUUGAGAUCUAAAUAUGGAACUAUCUUAAGCGAUAGCAGUUGCGGUUUAGAAUACUGAGGCGGGAAAGCAGAUUACAUCCGUCUUCAGUAUUACUCGAAAUUCGUACUGCUGCAAAAGAGGGGACGUGUGUGUUCCCCACACGAGCAAAGAGAGCGAUUGUUCUGUGAAAACCCAGCACUGUGAAAAGACGCAGAUUUAAGGUGUAACCUACUAUUUAACCGACACUUUGAGACGAGAGAAAUGUCCCUCAAACGUGAGCAUGGGUGUCCCAGACAGUUGUUUACAUCUAGACCCGACACAUUCACUGCAUUUUAUUACGCAGAAUUAGUAUUCCGCCGGAAAUGGACUAGUGCGGCAGCAUUUGACAAAUACACGCCAUUUUUACUUAUGUUGAGAGCGAAUGGGUUUAAACAACGAUGGAGUAAAAAAGUAUCAUCAUCCCACAGUAUUCAACUAGCCUAUUAUCUUUGGAUCAGUGAAAAUACAUUUACAUAUGUUAUUGUUUUUUUUUAUAGUAGCCUCUUGUUAUUAUAAUUUUAGAUAUAUUGUGGUUCACCAAGUCAUGGAGACAUACUGCGAGGUGCAAGGUCACACUAAACAGAUGUUGUAGUUUUGGCGCCAAGAAAUUAGUCUCGCACAAUUGAUUUUAGUCUCUUUCGCAGUCUUAUCAAUACUACAUUUGGGGAAAACAACCCGAGCUGCAGACAGGUCACCGAAGGGCUAGAGAAAGAAGCCUGGCAUUUCCUUCGUUGUAGUUAUAAUAUUACAUAAAUUACAAUUGUUACACAGGACUCCAGACAGUGCUGUAAAUAUUGUAUAAUUUUUAAAGAACAUAACUACGUUAUCCUCUCACUUGAGCACUUUCUCUUAUUUUGAAUUUGGAAGAUGCAUUAGCGGUUUGUUUUAUUUUAUUUUCUCGUUUGUUUAACAUGAUUUUGCAUUUGAGUUGGUAUAUUUUGCCUUUGUAUUUAUAGUCAUUUACCCAAAUAUUGCUUGCUAUCCCUUGCGUGAGGUAGUUGCUUUUUAACCCACAUUCAGCUGCUUUUUUAUAAAUUAUGAGCUGACUUUACUAUAUGUUAAUGUAUAGUAAACGAUGUUCAGUCUCCAACAAUGUUAGUACUAUUUUCUACCCGACAAAUUCAAUAUUAUAUAUCUCAAACAUUUGAAUGUCUUUUUUAGUUAUUUUGAAAUAGAAUUUAUUUACACAGUAUAUUGGAUAACGGGGAAAGCAAAUAAUGUGACUUGCAAUAUUUUCGUUUGUAAAUCAAACGGUUCUCCAGUGUUUCAUAUGACAAAACGUUUUUGUGUACUUUAUAUUACAUUGCCAUCUUAUAUCAAAGCAUAUCGAUUUGAAACACGAACACUAAAUUAUUAUUAUUAUUAUUAUUAUGAUGCUUAAAUAUUCUCGUUUUACCCAACAUAACUGCUAUAGCCUUAAAAUGAAACUUGGAUGUUUUUUGUUUGUUUGUUUGUUUUGUUUUUGUCUUCAUUGUGCUGGUCAGGUUCGCAUUGACUGUAUAGGGGACAUGAUGCAGUGAUGAUUUACUGAAAAUGUAAACACUGGAUUGAGGAAUUGAAAAUAUUUCUCCCUGGGGCUUGAUGUACGUCAUAUGUGUAAAUACAAUACAAAAUCAGAAAAUAUUGUUAUUUUUUAAUUUCUUAUUUUUAUUUUAUUUUUUAUUUUUAUAUUUGAAUUGUUAAUUUGGUGUAAAUGUAUUUAACAGAAAUUCCAGGGACAUCUGUUAUUACCGUUCUACUUUUUCUUCAAAAGAAAACAAAAGAUACUUUUACAUAGAUUAAUUGUCAUGUAAUUCUACAAAG